AUGCAAUCAUCACCUCCUCCACCGCCAACUUCUAGUGCAGCUAAGAUGCUCUACGAAGAGGGCGAGACACACGAUGGGCUCAGUGAGUUGCCGGUAGCUUUUGGGUGGCAAGAAGUUGUCUUGGGAACAGUUAUCAUGCAGUCCUUUCAAUUACCGAUUUCAGCUAUAUGGACGCCUAGCAACCAAUACCGUCAACGAUCUUCUCAUCGACGAGCUCGCAUAUGUGUUGCCAUAACGUUUGCAUUACUAAUGUUUGGUUUAGGGGUCUCAGUUGGGGCAUUUCUACAUGCGAUGCUUUAUCCAGAUGGAUCAUCUCCUAUUAUCAAGAUUCCAUCGUUUCUAAGGUCCUCGGGCAGCGGCUAUGAAACUGAUAAUUCAACUUUGAUAAGUCUCAAUGACGUUGGAAGUAGUGUAGAGUUGGAUGAUACCACGGUACUGAGUGCGGAGAAUGAAGAUGAUGAGGAGGAGGAAAAAGAAUCAGAAUCGAAAUCUAAGGAAGAGGAGGAAGAUGAGGAAAAAGAAGAAGAAGUAGAGGAGAAGCCUAAAAAAAGGAAAAAGGGCAGAAGCGAGGAGAAGAACAAAAAGAAGAGGCGAGGAAAAAAUGAAAAAAUAGAGAAGGAUCAAGGCCUAUCAAACGAGGAAGACGAAAAGGAAGAGAUAGAAGAUGAUGGAGAGGAAGAAGUGGUAACAAAAAAUGAAGAUGAGGUGGAAGAUGAAGAAGAAGAGCCGAGAAAUGAAGAAACAUUCGUGAAAGCGAACAAGGAGUGCACGAACAUCACCUGGUACUCCUCUCGCCUUCCUCAAACAUCCGAACCCAUCGAGUAUGAUCUCACACUCCACCCGAAUCUGACAACUGGUGAAGUUCAAUCCGAGGUCAUCAUUCGGAUUUUGAUAAAGACUGAAACAAAGCUGUUGAUUUUGAAUGCAGAGAAUCUGGAAAUGGUCAGCUAUGACGUCACCAAGAAGGGAGUAAAGUUGAAAGCAGAUUUUGUCAAAUGUGCAGUUAUGACACAGUGGGCGUGGAAAUUCGUGAAGCGGCUGCAUAAAGGAGAUCAUAUUGUAUUGAAGAUAAAGUACACUUCUCAGAUGAAGUCCGAUCUACAAGGAUUGUAUUUCAGCACACAUAUCGGAGCUAAUGGGAAAAAAACAAAAUCAGCUGCGACCCAAUUCGAGCCAACUUUCGCGAGAAAAAUGUUGCCAUGCUUUGAUGAGCCAAACUUUAAAGCGACCUUCCAAGUAUCUAUCAUCAGAAAUUCACACCAUAUCGCCAGAAGUAACAUGAACCUCCUUUUAUCAAAAGAAUACAAAAAUGGACUCAUCAAAGACGAAUUCGAGAAGUCUGUGAAAAUGUCAACCUAUCUGCUAGCUGUUGCUGUUCUAGAUGGAUACAGCUACAUCAAAAGACUAACAAGGAAUACCACAAAACCAAUUGAAGUGAGACUCUACGCUCCAGAAGAUAUGCUCGUUGGACAAGCCGAUUUUGGUCUCGACACCACAAUCCGAGCAUUGGAGUUUUUUGAGCACUACUUCAAUAUUAGCUACCCUCUUGAUAAAAUCGACCUCCUAGCCCUCGAUGAUUUCAGUGAGGGUGCGAUGGAAAACUGGGGACUUGUGACAUUCCGUGAUUCAGCACUUUUAUUCAACGAACGAAAGGCAAGUGUAGUUGCCAAGGAACACAUUGCUUUGAUCAUUUGCCACGAAAUCGCGCACCAAUGGUUUGGAAAUCUGGUGACAAUGGAUUGGUGGAAUGAGGUGUUUUUGAAUGAGGGAUUCGCCAAUUAUAUGGAGUACAAAUGUGUGGAUGAGUUGUUCCCAGAUUGGAGUAUUGUAAGUAUGAGCAGAUUCUAUGCAGAAAACCUGGCAUUCAGUCAAGAACCAGAUGGGUUCCUGAGCUCUCGUGCUAUUGAAUCUGACGAUGACGAUAGUCUUCUAAACCUCUUCGACGCUAUUAAUUAUCACAAAGCAGCCGCAAUAAUCCACAUGAUCGCAGAAAUGGCUGGUCAAAAGAACUUCCAAUCAGCAUUGAUCGAGUAUUUGAACAAGUAUGCCUAUGACAAUGCAAUUGGAGUAGACCUGUGGAAAAUUGUGGAGAAGCAUGCUAACCUUCAAGGAACUGUGUCAAUUCCGAAUCUUGCCAAAGCAUACACCACUCAAGUUGGAUAUCCAUUGGUUACUGUAGAGAGAAUUGAGGAUGGAAUUCUUGUACAUAAUCAGUCCAGAUUCUUAUUUGCGGAAGGAGAUAAGGCUGAGGAAAAGCGUGGAGAUUGGAGGUGGCCAAUUCCAAUCAGCUACAGAGCAUCCGACGAGAAAAAGAAAAAACUUCACUGGAUCCAGCCAAAUGAUCAUAAUGGUAUUUUUGUCUUUUUUCUUCUUUCCAUUUUUACAGUUCAUUGUUUUUCAGUCACUUGGGAGACACCAUCCAACGACUGGCUCCUGUUGAACACUGGUGGAGUUGGAUAUUUCAAAGUUCUCUACGACACGGAUACCUAUGACAGAUUAAUAAAAACCCUCGCGACUAACCAUAGUGCGAUAUCCCCUAUCGAUAGAUCUAUGAUUCUUGUGGACUCGUACGAUCUUUCAAAAACAUCACUUCUCAAUAUUAGUGUCUACUUUGACAUUUUAGAAUAUGUAGAAAAAGAAACUGAUAAGAUGACCUGGUCCAUCGUCAGUAAACAACUUCGAACCAUCGAAUCGUUGAUUGAGGAAUCUGACUAUUUGGAUAUAUUUCAAGAUUUUCAACGAAGCAUUAUCAUGAGGCUCUACGAUUCGCUUGAUUGGGAUGAGCAGGGUACCACUCCAAAUCAGAAGAGGUUGCAGGUUGACAUUUUUGGCGUUGCUUGCCGUCUCAGAAUUAAGGAUUGUACCAAGCAAGCCUACCAACGAUAUUUGAAAUGGGUUAGCAGUGGUGUCAGAAACCCCGAACAUCAUAUGAUCGCAUUGGUGGAAGGUGUCAAACAGGGAGGGUCAACUGCUUGGGAGAGAAUAUGGAAAGCGUACAAAUCUGCGACAAGUCCCUCCGAAAAGAACAACAUUAUUGGUGCACUGACAAGUACCAAAGAUGUGACUCUUAUUAACAGAAUUCUUAAAUACUGUCUCGAUGGGAAAAUCAAACCAAAUCUGAUUCCACGUGUCUUCUCCUACUUUGCACUCAACCAAAACACAAGGAAUACGGUUUGGAAGUACUUCAAGAAUCACUUCUCCGAGUUUCAUGUGAUCCUUGGCAAAGGAUCGCUGAUGGCGAGCUGUGUAAAGUGUCUUGCUGAACCGCUGAGUACUGAAAAUGAGCUGGAAGAGUUGAAGGGCUUCUUAAAGAGCCAAAAGUUCGAGGAAGAUGGUCAAAUCAAAAUGGAGAUGACCUACGAGCAGAUCGAGUUAAACAUUCAAUGGAGGAAACUGAACGAGGCACAGUUGGGAAAAUGGAUAAGCAGAUGGGAUGAGCGUAGAAGGACUCUGUACCGAAGAAAACGACAUCGCCAAAAUCACCAUCAUCAUCAUAGACAUCUUGUAUCGGCGUUUUAA